ACGGAGUUGGAGGAGACGGCAUCAGGGAGGCCGACCGAGGACGUGGGGUUUCUCGUUCUGUUUGUUUCGCUCAAACAUCUCGCACCGACGUAGAAAACAAGGGUUCUAAAGGCGGCGCUUCCAUCUCCUUCACGGCAGAAUUUCGAACCGCCGUCCGGGGGGAUGAAGCUCAACAAGCGGUGCCUGACGUACUACGCCAACUGCGACUCGCCCGUCGACCGCCAGGGCUACCUGCGCAAGAAGGGCGAAGUCCACACGUCCUACCAGCGCCGCUGGUUCGUGCUCAAGGGCAACCUGCUCUUCUACUUCGAGGCGCAAGGCGACCGCGAGCCGCUGGGCGUCGUGGUGCUCGAGGGCUGCAUGGUCGAGCUGUGCGAUGCCGCCUCCACGGACUACGCCUUCGCGCUGCGCUUCGAGGGCGCCGGCUCGCGCACCUACACGCUGGCGGCGGGCGACCAGGACGAGCUGAAGGCGUGGGUGCGCGCGCUCACCACCGCCAACCACGGCUACAUGCGCACGCUGGCGUCCGAGCUGGAGCAGCAGUACCUGCUGCUCGUGGGGCUUGAGGGGGCCGACCCCGCGUUGCUCGAGGAUCAGGGGCCGGCAGUGAAGCUGGAGAGAACCAGGAAGGUCAACGGGCCACUGAAGGGCAGGUACAGCAGCGUGCCAUGGGACGCUGACGCCGCCAACGCGCGACCUCGGGCCUCCACGGAGGCGCCGCCCCCCCCCGCGACGCACACGCCCCGCCGGUCGCAUACGGUGAAGGCCCCCUGCAGCAGCAACGACACUUCAUCGCGUCCCCUGCAGCUGCCCCCCUCGCCGAGGCUGCUCCCGUCUGCCUCGUGCAACAACCUCAGGAACGGUUUGCUGCCGAUCGGCUCCGCUGCGGGCGGCGGCGAGGGCGCCGAUUCGUCGGGCCCCGAGGCCCAGCCAAAUUUCCUGCAGCUUCACCGGCAGUACGGCGCCGCCGUGUGCCAACUCAGGGAGCAGUGGAAGCACAGCCUCGCCAGCGACGCUCGGGUCGGCGGCCCGCCACCGCCGACUCAGUGAUCGCAAAAGCCUCGAAGAAUCGUGAGCAUCGAUUGCGCGCGCGCGCACUAAACUCUCAAGGAGCUCGCCGCAGUGGGGAGUCGCGCAGAGCACUGCUCGGCACCGAUAGCCUCCGUCCCUCCAUCUUCAGAUCUGUGGACUGUGAACGACCACGUGAAGAUUGCCCGCCGUCUCUUUUUAUUCUUAUCUUUUUUGUUAAAUGUGGCGGCUGUCCGGGUGAGCUGUAAUCAUUUGUUUUUUAUGUCACUGUAACGGUAUCCGAAUUUGGCCAGGGACUUCCUUGGAUACAAGUUAAGAAUAGAAUGUGCGCCUGUGUCCCUGCGCUGUUGAAAUCCCAGAGCCUUUCUAGUACGAGGGUAUUAAGUUUGUGCCCAAAUAAACGAUGGCACUUUAUCCGGGCGUGGGUGCGAACCCCCCCCCCCCCUCCCCCCUCUAGCACAGGGGGUUUAACUGUCGCGUUGCAGUGUGGUCCCUUUGGGUCUGUGGUGCCAGUGCUGUUUUUGGCUGAGAAUGAAUCACGAUCCCCCCCCUCUAGCAUUUAAAACUGUUGCUCGCCCUCGGAGACAGCUCUGUGACGUCCGCUUCCAUGAGCCCCGUUGUCAGACACGAAUAAUUGCACUGUUUGACGAGAGACGAGAACACGGGUACUUGGUUCUCACGAUGCGAUGACGACAACACAAUUGAUAUAACAUUUUGGUGGAAACGAGAUUGCCCUGAAGGCUCACUGGUUGUUCUACUUGCUAUCUACAAGAGAGCCCUAAUGAGCACCCAGUAAGAAUCGUGUAUCGUUUCAAUACAAUAGGAGUAAUUAAUAAUUUGAUAUAGAUGUACGGGACGAUGCAUUUAUAUUAUAAUGGUGAAUGCAUAUGGUAAUAAAAAACAACAACACAUUAGUCAAUAACAUUGUGGCCUUAAAAGGAAAAAAAAAUAUCUAUAAUAGGCGGCAUGUUGGGCAAUAGCUCUUCUUUAUAGCACAAGAAGGGGCAUUUCCAGAAAUGUCACGUGUCUUUUUCCUUUAUAAGUCCACAGUGUUAUUGACGAAUAUGAGUUUUGUUGUUGUUAUUUGUGCUCGAGUGCCUCUGCCAACGCAUUAGCAGCAUCGCCAAAUAAUUUGUACAAUAACUCACCGGGAGCAAUCCCACCGCCUUGACUUUUAAUGCUUUUAUUCCCACAAACGAAGCCUUAAAAUGCAUGUCCCCGAAUAAUGUGUUACAUUGGAUAUCACCAAAGAAACUAGUCCAGUCUCGCCGUCGUCAGCUGUGUUUCCAACAUUGUAUUUUUAACUGCCAAGCAUAUCCUUUCCAGCAGUUCUCUCGAAUGUUUUGCACAAUAUAAGAAAACAGAUUUCUUACACAAAACUAGUGCUACGUUUGGCAUAUUUAUCGUUAAACAAUAAUUUGCAAUCAUUUUAAUGUAUUUACAAAAUGAAUUGCAUGUUGGGACACAUUUCAAUAUUUACUCCUCGCACAAUUAUUUGCAGGAACACAGCUGAUGUUAAUUCCACAGUGAUAGUGGCAGAUAAAUAAGCGUGACUGGAUUUUCCAUUUGCUCGGUCACACCAUAGUGACCUUAUUUCAGUUCAUCUUCUCAAGGAAACACCUGAGAAUCGACCGAUGUGAACCGAGUGUGGCACGUUACAAGCGAGAGGCGAGUUUGUGCUGCGAAACUACCUUUGUAAAUGUUAACUUGGCAGGGUCUUCGUUUUCACAACCUUCGUCGUAACAGCACUUUGGAUUCACCCAUUUUGGUCUUCAAUAGGUUUUAUCAUCGUUUUUCAAUCUCUCAGUCCCCAUGACAAGACCACCGCAUGCCUUUUAAUGGUUAUGUAAUGACAAAUUGUGUUUGAAGUGAUGAUAAUGCACUGCACUUGCCUGAUGAUUGCUAAACAAUUAAUCCCUGUGCCACCAGGAGCACCGAGUGAAAUGAACCGAUGUCUUGUUUGCGUGUGCAUUUGAAUAUCACGUGACGCAUCCUUGAUUUGAAUCGGUGCUCUGUACGUUACGUGAGAGAUAUGCCUAGCAAUCGUUCGGCACGCGCAGCGUGUAACCAACUUGCUUGUGAAACGAACUUAAGAUUGGCAAAUACGGAGUGGAAAACCGUAAUGGGUCAUGAGGACAGAAGUUUGGGAAAACUGAUGUAGAUGAACGUUUGGAGUUGGGAGUUGAGGACAAUUAAUUCAGGUUCUGCUUGAACGUAACAAAGGAGGUAUCUGCAGGGAUUAAUCUUCUUGGUUCUUUCGGUAAAGUCACGUAGAAUGGAAACAAUAAAAAAUUAAACCUAAUAAAAUAAUUCAGACGCUGUCUCCCCGACAGACCUGGUCUUCACCUCAUGACGGCUGCUUGCGUUGUGGCCAAAACGUCGUGAGAAUUAUUUUAUUAUGUUUUAUUUUUUAUUAUAUUUAUUGUUUCCAUUCUACGUGACUUUACCGAAAGAACCAAGAAGAAAAAGGAGGUAUCGCCCGAUGUUGCGGGUAGGUACGGAUUCGACCACGAGUCUUUUGGGAGAGACGACACAAGGGAGUCGAACUUGCUUCCUCUCAGGUACGAGCUGGGGAGCUGUAUUCAGUGCUGUCUAGAAUACAGUUGCAAGUGGUGAAUGCAGUCCCUGUAUCACACGAACGCACAGAGGUGCUCCUAGUUUUUUUUUUCUUCCCAUGGGGAUUGCCCAGGGUAGGUGAUGUGAAUAAAGGGCCGAAACUCAUUGUCAAUCCGCUGCUGAAGAGGGAGGUCUUCCCACGCCAUGUUGAUCAUCAGGGUUGUUUGGUCACACGUCACCGUGCUGGCCAGUGCCAUUAUAAAUGGAGGUAUAACACUUGCUGAAUUACAUUUUCAAAGGCGCGUGCGGUGUACCGUAUAUGAACUCAUUGGAAGUGCAGACGCACGUCUUAGAGUCUAUAAGGUGUGUUGGAGAAAGUUGUGGAGGUUCAUGUACAAUUGAAUGGACACUACAUUUCUGUUUACAUUGUCUUGGGGUAUUCAGUGCAUACACGCACAUGGCAGAGAAACUGGAGAAUGAGCUGAAGGUAUUCAUUUUGUUUGGUAUUUUAAUGCCUCCAUAUCGCUGCAUUGUUAUUGUUUGUUUACUAGACAAACCUUACCAAUUGGCUGUGUCGGGUGGUGGCGGGUAUAACGGCACAUUUAUAUUUACGCGAUCUAACAGAAAAAACUGAUGGUUAUUGCCAGACGUCUAAAAUGCCUCAUCCAACCAGUUUUGACAACUCCACGUGUGUGUGUGCGUGCGCGUGUGACAUUUCCUUUAUUUGCGUUUGUGAUGGGGUGAUGUAAAAAUUGUGUAUUGCACUACAACUCUGGCUGUCCGGCUUCGAGAUAACUGGAUGCUUGCACGUGACGUUGGUACAUGGCGUCUGAACCUGCCUCGGUCGGGCCUGACCUUGCGAGUCUCAGAAUGUUAUCGCGAGAGCCUUGUGCAGGUUUAUGACCUCGACAGAGUACUCCCGUGUGCAUGAAGCUGCCAGCGUGAACGGCUUUGUGUGCGGUGCCGACCUCCGUAGGUGUUCGCUGACAGCACUUGCCCCAAAAAUGGGUUUUGCACACCGAAUGAGGUAUAUUAUUGUGUAUGUUGCAAAGCACAUGCCCAGGGGCUGGCAUGUUUAAUACUCCUUGUGCCUGCUCGGUUUAAUUUGCGUGAAAAAUUUCAGAGGAAACUCGUUUCUCAGUUUCAUUUACAAUGCCGAACAUAGGCCCGUAACGAUUCAUCAAUUGAACAUGGAAUUUCACGCUCUCACAACGGACGCGUUGACUGGUGCGUGUAAAAAUAGUUCGUGCAAACUUUAGCAAAUUGUAUGCAAAUGAAGACAGCAGAACAUACAAAGUGGAUGAUGUAAAAUAGACAGGAAGGACUCAAUUGUAACCCCAGAAUUCUUCCAGGGGGGAAGUGAUGAAUUAUUACACUUCUACAAGGAUGUGUAUUUUUAGAAUGAAACUCCCCGCAGGUUAUGAAUGCGUUAAAAGUGAUGUUCCUUUACCAGCAAUAUCUUUGCAGGUGCUUCGCCUGAUGGCCUCAAUGGUCAGGGUUGGUUUUUAUUAUUGGCUGGGGUUUGCAAGCCGGAAAUGCAAAUAGCGUCUCGCGUUUUCAUUACUUUAGAUCAAAUUAUUGCCGUGUUUAAUAAUGUUAUAUAUUUCUAGUGUAGCGUGCGCGUGUUUGUGUGUUUAAUGAAGUACGGUUGUGUGUCAUCUUGAAUUUCGCACGCUUCUCUUUCUGUUGUUGUGUAACCGCUGUACAACGGCAUGUUCAGGGUGCGUGUCCCCCUCUACACCGCUGGCUCGUACGAACACGUAACUCGCAAUAUACGCGCAUGGUCCUUUGUUAAUCCGCUGUUGGAUGAUGACCUCCCCAACGCCUCGCGGGUCACAGGGAUAAUUUGACCACACUUAAAUUAAACUUUUUUAAUUUUACCAGGUAAGGCCCCACUAAUCGAUGUAGCUUUUUUUCCGAAGCGACCUGGCCACAUAUGAUAACUCGACGAAGUGGCCUAUCAUGUGGACAUUUAUAAGUCGGGGGGGAAAACUGGAGGACCCGGAGGAAAAUCCACGCGACCGCGGGGAAAACGUGCAAACUCCAAAUAUUCGGGCGUCAGAGUCGGAAUCGAACACACGACCUCCUGCAUACCAGGCGAGGAAGUUAACAUCGUGCCAACGGUGGCACCCACUGACGAGAUCGCGCUGUCAAAAUACACACACUUCGUUAAAUGUUAAACCAGUCGUGGUGUUGGUGUUGAGUAUCAACAGUCUAAAAGCAGGGGGUGCCUUGUGCUGUGAAACACAAGUUGUGUUUGUUAAUAUGGACAGAAGAAAUCUGUAAUCCCGUUAUUCGCCAGACUCGGGGUCCAUUAUAAUUACACUAAAAGCAUAAUUACAAUGACGUGAAAUUAAUUCAUAAUGGAAUGACACAAGUACGAUAGUAAUUGAUCUUAGAUCUGGCCUUUUUAACUGCGUAAUAUUGCCAAGUUCAGUUGUAUGUUAGUGCUGCGAGCGUUGUGUUUGGUAAAAAAAAACAUUCGUAUUUGUGACUGAAACUUCAAAUGAGCAAAUUGUCAUUGGUGUCAUCGGAUGCUCACUCGUCACUUUUUCAUUUUUAAUUAAAAAAAGAGAUGACUUGUGUGUGUGCGCUUGUCAACGCUUACAUUCUCCCAUUACCUUGUUGGCGCGUUUCAGAAUUGGAACCGAACAUGAGGUUAACUGCGGCUCCAUUGACCCACGGGCGUUUGUGGAGCCCUUAUGCCCCCCCCCCCCCACACACUUUCAUUGCACAAUUCACUCAGAACCCGCGUUUGUGGGAGCUAAACCGACAAAAAGGCGCAGUGUUCGCGCGCAUUAAAUAGCAGGUUACGGGUACCAUGUAGUGAGCUAACGUGUGUACAAGCACUGGCCUCGACGGGGCCUGGUUUCAUGGCCGUUUCUCAUAGCUUCUGCCUCCCGUGUCCACUUUUUUUUAAUAGCCGGGGUGCGGCAUGGGUGGGUGGGGAGGGGAGAUGGAUCUCGUGACACCAGCAUGUGCCGAGGGCAUGCGUUCUUCCCUUCCUCUCAAAACCACUCGCUUCCUGUUGUUUGAAUUUUACUGAACGUAUCUCCCCCCACCCACCUACCCCCCGCCCCCAAUCAUAACAUUACCGCCACAUUGACCGCGCUUUCAUAUGUCCUAAUGGAGAUACCGGCUGCCGUUGACACUGCGAUGCAGUAGCGCCCGGCAGCCCCCACGAUGGGGACUUCUCCCAGCUUGUCUGUGCUGUCGAUUCCCUUGGUCCCAUGUUUCAAGUUCAGGAUAAACCAACCCUCCCUUUGAUUUCUCUGCCUAUGACCGUGGCCCGCCUCUUAGCUGUCAAAUAGUGCCCACUGUUUCCGUACACACAAGUUCUCGAUAUGUUGCGUUCAGAUUAUAUUUGAAUCGGUUACUUGAGUGGCAUGGAACAAGUAAUGGAAUAGAUGAGGAUGCCGAUUGGUGAGAUGUUUCGCCAUGUGCUGCAGCCAGUGCCGUGAUGGAAAGCAACACAAAUAUAAUAAUGUUUCGUAAACGACUCUGUCAAACUAAAUUUCGAUCAAAAUUUUAACAAAGAUGUUGUUGCAGUUAUGUUUCCCGAGUGUUUGCUGUUUUAAUCUGAAUGUACAACAUCACUCGCAUCUGUGUGCACUCGCGUUCCAGUCUUUGAUUCGUGUCUGAUCUGCGUUGACACUGGUGUAUUCAUUUGGUAAAUAACAUAAUAUGUUGAUGACACUUAAAAAAAACAA